UUUCCAUUCGGUCCACCAAUGUUCUUAACUGAACAAGCAGAAGCUGAAGGAGCAGCGAGAUUUUAAAGACUAGUUUCUUGACUACUGGAACAAGGGUAAAACACAUUCUGAAGAUGUCACAGCCUGCAGAAGAGAUUCCUGUUGGUCAGGUGGAGAUCAAGAAGAGAUCUAGAGUGCCUGGUGUUAUGAUCACCCAGUACGUCGAGGAACUGCCACGUGGAAAAACUACACCUGAUUUCACCAGAAAACCAAUUGCCUUGACAGUUCAAGAAGGGAGAGUGGCCAUUUUCAAAGCGGUGGUGAACGGAGAUCCAGCACCAACUGUAACAUGGGCUCGCAACAAGGGUGACACUUCUGAUCCAGAAAAAUAUAAGCCAAGAUAUGAUGAAAGGACUAGAGAACAUGUUCUAGAGAUAGUAAAUGUGCAAGUAGAUCAAGCAGAUACGUACAAAUGUUUCGCAACAAAUCUAUUUGGAAAAGCCAUGUGCACAGCUGCAUUGAGUGUAUUUGCAGUUGGAUUCAAGAAAAAGUCAAAAGAUACAUCAAAAAAAGAUGACCAAACCAAUGAUCCUGAGGACUUCAGGAAAAUGCUUAGAAAAACCACAAUUGCCAAGAAGAGAAAAGAAAAACCCAAGAAAGAGGGAGAGAUUGAUCCAAAAUUCUGGGAAGUGAUGCUAAGUGCCAAAAAAUCUGAUUAUGAGCGCAUCUGCCAUGAAUUUGGAGUCACUGACUAUCGGUGGAUGCUAAAACAGCUCAACCUGAAGAAAAAGGAGAAGGAGGAUGAACAAGCAAAGGUGGUUGAAAAUGUUGGCAACAUGAAGCAGAUUGAAGUGAAGACAAGUGGCAGAGCUGAGUUUGAGUUUGAUAUGAAGCUUAAGGACGCAGACAGUAAAAUUAAUCUCUACAAAAAUGGUGAAAUGCUUGAUUAUGGCGAUGGCACUGAUGAUUCCUCCAAACACAAUAUGAAGAAGACUGGUGACAAAUACAAGUUUAGCAUAAACAAUCUUGGCUUAAAUGAUGGCGGACUAUACCAAGUGGAUGUUGAAGAUGUCAACAUUAUUUCAACGACCUUAGCAAUUCCUGAUGUGGAAUUUGAUGGUAUUCUAAAAGAUGCUAAAGUGGUUGAGGGGCAGGAUGCCAUGUUUGAGGGCAUUUUUUCUGGUCCUGUACCUCAAAUCACUUGGUGUGCCAAUGACAUCUCUGUUGAGCAUGGAGACAGGUACAAUAUCACAGUCUCUGAAGACAAGCUCACCCACAGCUUGGUAGUAAAGAAUUGCAAAAAAGAGGACAAGGGCGUGUACACUGCUAUUGCUGGGAUUAAAUCAUCCAGGGCCACCCUUGCUGUUGAUGAGGACCCUAACAUCAAGGGAAAAGGUCGAGGUGGUGAAAGUGACGGAGCAGAUGUUUUUGCAAGACGUCUGGCAGAUGAACAGGCCAGACUGCAAAGAGAAAAAGACGAAGCAGCCAGGAGAGGCAAGGGUACCGAUGGGAGAGGUGAUGGAGCUGAUGGCCAUGGUGGUGCAGCGGAUGGUCGUGGUGAUGGAGCGGAUGGCCAUGGAGGACUUGGCGGAGAUGGAAGAGAAGGAUGUGGAGGAGAUGCGACAGGGAAGUAUGGACAAGGUGGCCUUGGAGGACUUGACGGAAGUGGAGGGAAUAGACUUGGAGGAGAUGCGACAGGGAAAUACAGACAAGGAGGAGAUGGUAAAGAUGGAAGUGGGAAGAGUGGAAAGGAUUCUGGAAUGGGUUUGGGAGCAGACGGACUGGGAGGCCAGUCAGCUGUGGCUGGAUCUGGUGGCGAUGGUACAGAUGAUAAAGUGCACUUUGCAAGCGGCUUAACAGACAAAAAUGCUCUCCGUGGCAAACCUGCAGAGCUAGUGUGUAAACUAAAUACUGACAAAAUGGAUGGUGUGUGGUAUAAAGAUGGAAAUAAGUUGACUUCCAAAGAUGGAGUGGUAAUCUCUAAGGAUGGUUGUACACAUAAGCUCAUUAUCCAGAAUUGCAAGGAUUCUGAUGGAGGUCUAUAUAAUUUUGAGGUAAAUGGUUGCAAGACAGAGGCCAUGGUGAGAGUUGGAGAUCUUCCAGAAUUCGAUCCUGAUGCUUUGCAAAAGUUCUCUAACCCUGUGAUAGUGAAAGCAGGCCAGAAUGCAUCUUUUAAGAUGUCAUUUCCUCCACAAGCUUCACUGGAGAUUAAAUGGUUUAAAAAUGGCUUGGAGCUUCUUGAUGGUGGUUCGGUGAAAGUGGUGAAGGAAUCAAACCACAGUCGUCUUCAAAUAAAAGACUGCCUGCGAUCGGAUAGUGGUCAAAUCAAAAUCCAGUUAAAAAAUCCUUUUGGUUCUAUUGAAGCUUUGUCAAGCCUUAUAGUAUUAGACAAGCCAGGUCCACCACAAGGCCCACUAGAAGUGAAUGAAAGCACAUCCUCGGUCCUUGAACUGAAAUGGAAUCCUCCGAAGGAUGGCGGUGGCUCAGAAGUAACCAACUACAUAAUUGAGCGUCAACAGGUCGGGCAGAUUACCUGGAAAAGGGUUGGGGAUAUUUUAGCUAACCAUCUAACCUUCAGAGACAGAAACGUGUCUCUUGGUAAGAGGUACAUCUAUCGCAUCUACGCUGAGAAUCUUGAGGGCAUCAGUGAAGCGAUGGAGACUGAAAAAAUCAUGGCUGGCUCUUUAAUGUUCCAUGGUCCACCAGGCACGCCGAAGGUGGUCAGUGCAUUCAAAAACUGUAUAAACCUAACAUGGACCCCACCAGAGAAAGAUGGAGGGAAUAAAAUCUUGGGCUACCAGCUAGAGAAACGCAAAAAAGAUACAAACCAGUGGGUGACUCUGAACCCAGUUAAGGACCCUAUCCAAGAUCUGAAGUAUGCAGUGAAGGAUGUGUCAGAGGGGUCAGAGUAUGAGUUCAGAGUAGCAGCCAUUAAUAUGUCUGGGCCUGGAGAACCCAGCUCUCCCUCUGCGAUGGUCUGCGCUAAAAACCCCAACAUGAAGCCCCAUUUCAAAGAUCCUGAAGACUUUAUGGUUGUGAGAUCAGGAAAUUCUAUCAGAAUCAAAAUUAAUUAUAAGGCCUCUCCACCGCCAGACAUUACCUGGCUUAAGAAUGGUGAACCUGUAUCUCCCUGGAACAAGAUCAUUCAUGCUGAUGGCACUUGCACACUUGUCAUACCCUCCUCAAAGUACUCAGAUUCAGGAGUCUACACCAUUGUGGCUAAAAACUCAAGUGGGCAAGCCAGCUUUGACAUAGAGGUCAGAGUAACAGAUGAACCCAAGCCCCCAGGCCCAGUGGAGCUAGAACAGGUGGUUUAUGGCAAAGUCAUUAUCACAUGGAGUCCUUCUCCAGACCACAACAAAGACGACCGACUGCACUACAUGGUGGAAGAAUAUAACUCCAACACACGCAUUUGGCGCAGAAUAGCCGACCACCUUCUCUGUACUACCUACACUACCAACAUUCAACCAGGUCAAGAAUAUCACUUCAGAGUCUAUGCAAAAAAUGAUAUGGGACUCUCUGAUCCUUCAGAAUCACCAACAUGGGGCAUGAACAACAAUAAAGUUCCAAUGCCCUCAACUGUGUCAGCCAUGGUCAUUUUGGAAAGGCCACCAUCCAUCCUGGUUCCACUGAAACGCCACACUCCACCAAAAGGAUACCAGUGCUACAUGACCUGUGCUGUCCGCGGCUGUCCCAGCCCAUACAUUGCAUGGUACCAUAACGAGAUUUGCAUCAACUCCGACAACAAGUACUACAUCACAAACACGUCUGGCGUCUGCUCUAUGUACAUCCUCAGAGUUCGGCCUGAAGAUAGUGGCGAGUACAAAGUGGUAGCAGUCAACCCAUUUGGCAAGGCAGAAUGUUCUUCUACAUUAAAAGUAAAAGAUUGACCUGUACUCCACUGGACGUGCUAGUUUUUGCUCUGCUUCUGCCACAAUUAAUUUCCUGCAUGCAUUUUAAGCUAGGACAGUGCAUGCAUAUAAAUGAA